AUGGCGCCUCGCAAACUCGAUGCAAGCCCGCGUUCUGCUAUAGCAGGUGCCCGUGUUGCAAAGCGCACCAACAAGAAAAUACGCUUCUCCACGAACGGGCCGCUGGGCGUCGAGCGCAAGUCUGGAGAGUUCCUAAAGCUUACGAGAAAGAACCAGCAAGAAUCGCCGUUGCAGAGAUUGCCCGCUGAGCUGCGCAACCGCAUCUUCGAGUACGUCCUGUCAGGAAACGAAUACUCUAUUGAAACCAAGAUCGGCUCCUUCGUAACGAUAGAGGAUGUUUCUAAAGCCCCCGAGAACGCCUUUGCGUUGCUCGAAGUGUCCCCUCAGAUAUUUGCCGAGACGGCACUGCUCCGAUUAUCGCUGAGCGUGUUUUCUAUAUGCAGUGCUGGCCUGCUACAUCAAUGGCUUGGAGGCCUGCUCGAAGCCAAAUUCAAUGUCAUCGGCAAACUCCAUCUACGCCUUGAUCUAUGCCUAUCGGCCUCGCCUAUAUCCGCCUACCACUUACUCACACUUUCGAAACCUAUGAAUGAUGAUGUGGUCGGUUGGGAUUUCACUAGACUAUCAGCCUUAGAGUGGAUUCGUGUCUUGUUCUCCGUCAGAUCGAACGCCUCGUUCGGUGAGGACUUCUGCGUAGACGCCAUCAAUAAGAAGGGGCGGGAAGUUACAUAUCAGAUGAAGAUAAUCAAUCCAAAGGUUAGUGUGACAGCGAAUUGGUGCGAUAGAAAUCUCAUCGAGGAGCAUUCGUGUAAUGCUAUGACUGAUAUUUCACUUCAAAAAGAUUGA